GCCCUCUUUUGGCUGCACAGUAACUCUUGUUUCUGUACCACCACCAUCUCCCCUUCGUCAACGCAUUCUGAGAUGAGCACAUUGGGACUUCUCGACUCUGCACCGUCCGUCAUCAGACGUAUGAAGUCGGUAUGGAGCGACUUUAUCGACUUUGUCGCCAGUGAGAGCGUCCUCCAAGUCGCUGUUGGUCUCAUUAUCGCCCAGGGUUUCACGAAAGUUGUCAAUUCGCUCGUGUCCGACAUCCUCCUCCCGCCCAUCGCUCUGUUCCCUUUCAUCAAUAGAAACUUCGAAGAGAAGUUUGUGGUUUUGAGGAAGGGACCACAUGCCGACAAGGGACAUGGCUAUAACACGAUUGACCAAGCGAUGGAGGACGGGGCCGUCAUAAUGGCUUAUGGAGCUUUUGUCAACAAUGUGGCCAGCUUUUUCGCGCUUGGUGCCUUCCUCUACAUCGUUGCGCAGAUUUAUACCGCCACUACCCAUCGGGCGAUCAUCAAACACACCGUGCAGUGUACCUACUGUCGCAAAUUUAUCUCAGAGAAGGCCAAGAGAUGCUGUAACUGCACCAGCUGGCUCGACGGAAGGGAGGAUAGGGAAACGAGUGCUUUGAUCGACCACUAGGUGUCCUGCGUCGCGGACUUGCGAACGAGUCUCGGUGGUCUUUCUCCUCGAUUGUUUCGUCGUGGGCUCCUACUCGUACACAGAUAAUGGAGGUUCUUCCCGCAUGAUGACUGUAUUGUUAUUGAUACGUUGCCUUGUUAUGCGGAUACGUCAUGUUCAACGAGUUUGAUGAUUAUAUUCUUUAUGACCU